UCCCCAGUCUCCCCUACUCCCUCCUUAAACCAGAUAACAGUUCGAUUGCAACACAUGAUUUAGGGCUUUGAAUGCAUUUGGAUAAUGCAUGGAAGUAAACGAUGCGUGGCGCUAUUAUCACACUUUUACUUCCCCUUGAGCAACAAACACCAUGAUUUAAAGGCAGAAGGUUACUCUCAGACAACCUGACACAAACACCACAGACUGACAGUCACUGACACUGACAGACAGACUGACAGACAGACAGACUGACAGACAGACAGACAUUUGAAGCUGUCGAGGGAACAAAAUGACGAAUCGAGAUGAGCUUUUAAAAUCUAUAUGGCACGCAUUCACAGCCCUGGACCUGGAUCAACGUGGAAAAGUUUCUAAAUCUCAGUUAAAGGUGCUGUCUCACAACCUGUGCACGGUGAUGAAGAUCCCUCAUGACCCUGUGGCUCUUGAAGAACAUUUCAAAGAUGAUGAUGAAGGACCUCUGUCAAACUAUGGCUACAUGCCUUAUCUCAACAGGUUCAUUCUGGACAAGGCACAGAGGGAUUUUGAUGUGAUGGAGUUCAACAAGAUGUGUUGGACUCUGUGUUACAAGAAAAAUAUCUGCACUAAACAUCUACUCAUCAUAGACGAUGAUGCUUUCAAAGUCUGGUGCAUUUUCAACUUCCUAUCGGAGCACAAAUACCCUCUGAUUAUCAUUUCUGAAGAGAUUGAGUACUUCCUGCAGAAGCUGACAGAGGCCAUGGGUAGUGGAUGGAGUAUGGAGAAGUUUGCAGUUUACAAGCAGCAGCUGCAUGGACAGAAAAACGGGCUGACUGCCUGGGAGAUUAUUGAACUGGUGGGGACGAGUUACUUCUGGCAAGUGAACCGCCAGACCCUGUCGAUGGGCAUCAAGGAGGUCUUCCAGGAACUCAUCCUGGAUGUGCUCAAGCAGGGAUACAUGAUAAAAAAGGGUCACAAAAGGAAGAACUGGACUGAGCGCUGGUUUGUCCUUCGACCCAACUCACUGUCCUACUACAUCUGUGAGGAUCUGGUGGAGCAGAAAGGAGAAAUCAGUCUGGACCAAAACUGCUGUGUGGAGUCUCUGCCAGAUAAAGAAGGGAAGAAAUGUCUGUUCAUCAUCAAGUGCUCCGAUAAAAGCUUUGAGAUCAGUGCAUCAGACAAAAAGAAGAAGCAGGAAUGGAUUCAAGCUAUCCAAACAUGCAUCCAGCAGCUGAGGCUGGGGCUGCUGUCCCCUCACCGCGAGGCUCGGCUGAGGCGCAGGGAGCUUCGUCAGAGGCAGCUGGUCGAGGAUGAGGACCUGACGGAGAAGAUGAAGCGGCUUCAGGCAGCCAAUGAGCACAAACAGAAGCAGCUGGAAGCGAUGAAGAAGAAAAUGGAAGAAGCUGCGGCCAAAGCUGCGGCCGAGGAGCACAGGAGGAAUAAGACUCAGUCCGACCUGCAGGAUCGCUACAAACUGGACCUGGAGAGAGAGAAGCUGGUGCGCCAGCAGAUGGAGGAGCAGGUGGCUCAGAAGUCCAGUGAGCUGGAGCAGUACCUGCAGCGCGUCCGCGAGCUGGAGGACAUGUACCACCAGCUGGAGGAGGCGUUAGAGGACGAGAGGCAGGCCAAGCAGGAUGAGGAGGCCAUGCACAAGCUGCAGGCCAGGCUGCUGGAGGAAGAGACAGCAAAGAGGGCAGAGCUGGAGCACAUCCACCUGCAGCAGCAGAGGGCGCUGUCUCAGACAAAGGCAGAGAAACAGGAGCUGGUGGCCAAGCAGCUGGCCAAGGAGAGAGACCUGCAGGCGGCCAUGAUGCAGCUGGAUCAGCUGGAGAGGGAGCGACAGGGAGCGUUGGAGCAGUACGAGGAAGUGUCAAAAAAGCGUGAGCGAGCAGCGAACAAGACAAAGACCUGGAAGGACAAAGUGGCUAAACACGAAGGGCUGGUGCGCCUCAUCCAGCCAGGUCACAAAGGACCUCAGAGGAUCACUAACUGGGGUCCUGCUUCAUUUACCGAUACUGAGCUGGAGCUGAAGAAGAAAUCAUGGCAGGAGCAGAAGAGGCAGAACGCUCAGGCUCAGUGAAGAAGACAGCUGGAUCACACGCUGAUGAGGAUGACUCUGACUGAAAUUUACUCUGGAGCCAAAACUGUCACAUUCAAGGCCUUGAAGACGUUUGAUAACAUGAACUAACUGAGCCACAAAAUAGCUGCCAAGAAUACUUUUACUGAUACGAUUUACUAUAACAUGAAAUGACGUUCCAGCACUAAAAGUUUGUUUUUUUUAAACUAGUAAAAUUACCUUUAGUCAAAGUUCACUUUACUGGCUGUUUCUGGAGAAUUGCCUUCAUCAUCUAUACAGUUUUAAGACACCUGAAGUGUCUCUGUGACCACUGAGCAAAAGAAAGGUUGAUGAUAAAUAUUUUUAACUAUUUUAAUAAGGUUAUUCCAUUUUUGGUUUUAUGUGCUUUGUUUGAUUUUCCUCAUUUUGUCAUGCUUUGUAGAGACAGUGUUAUUCAAACAGCGAGCUUUUUACUGACCGCAGAGUUUCACAGUAGAUAAUCUUUGACUGCUCAGUUUGUCGCUAACUGCAUAUGUUAGAGUCAUAACCUGGAUUCUGAAAGUUUUAAUAAACCUUUCUAUAUUUUUUGAACAUUGAUGUCUUUUUUCAUCAACAAUUCAAGAGUCAAUCCAUCAAUUAAUCAAGCUUUAUUUAUAUAGCACCUUUCAUACAAGUCAAAUGUGCUUUACAGUGAUUGAAAACAAGAAAUAAGCAGAAAUAAAAUUAUGGCAAGACAUAUUAAAAACAAAAAUGGAUUUUAAAAUAGAGACUAAAAUAGAGACGAAUACACUCUGUGACGACCCAGAGACCUCCCGCUUUGCCUGCAUGUCUUGUUUGUUUCAGUCUCCAUGUGUUCCUUAGGCUUGCAGGUAUCUGGAAAUGGCAUGUGGGUGGAGCUGGGAGGGGUAGUCUGAGUUACCUGCCCAGUUGGGCAGGGCCUUCAGAAUACACAAAAUGCCUGACUUUCUGAGCUCUUACUCUCUCUCAGCUGGGCCUGCUACUCCUUCCUCAUCCUGUCUUUCGUGGUUUGGAGCAUGCAUCACCACACAACACUUUCACUCGUCCACACAUUUCAGACAUGACUGAUUAUUCAUAUACUGAUAUAUCACAAGUUAUUUGAUUACUUUGGUUCUGAGAGUUGAAUAAAUAAUACUUUUGAAA